UAAGCUGUGAUUGCACCACUGCACUCCAGCCUGGGCAACAGAGUGAGACCCUGUUUAAAAAGAAAUAAAAGCUCUCAACUUUCCUGACACUGCUCCCUCCUGGUGUCCCUCUUAGCUCUUCAAUCACUCCUACCCCUGGGGUAACUGCUUCUCAUCCCCCGAGCUGUGAGUCUUCAGUGGGGUCCUCUCACCAUAUACCCUCUCCCUAGGUGGGCUCCACACCGCUGGUGUCCAGCGCCAUCUGUGCCAUGACGCCCCAUCACUCUGAGCUCCAGACCUGAGUAUCCCAAAAGAUUCUGCUCUCCCCUACUCAGGAUCAUGCCACUACCCCCCAUUACCCUUGGAGUAAAAUUCUCACCCCUGCAGCACCAGGGCCCUACUUGUCUUGGUCACUCCUCUCUCCUACGCUCUGAGCUCUCUCACCAUCCUCCUGCCCCACCAACCACUCACCUCCCUGCUACCCUCUCCACACACUGUCCAUCCUCCCUGGCAAACUCCUAUUCAUCUGCAGAACCCGGCUAAGACAGCUGCUCCUCCCAGAACCCUUUCCCACACCUAGGGCUCCAUCCAGCCCCUCAACCUCCUCCGGGGGAGCACAUGUGACACCAGAUGGAGUUUCCUGUGGCCCCGCUGGCCUGUCUCACCAGACCCUCUCACUUUGUCUCUGUACCUAGCUCUUCCCCACCCCUCUGCAGAUCCCAAGUUGGGGAAUGCCAAUUCUGGCACCAACCUUCCUGCUCCCUGCUGGGGCCUCUGCUCCCCCAUCUCUCAGGAGUCAAAAGUGAGAAAGCAAGACAUCAAGGAGGGACCUGCGCCCUGCUCCUCAUCCUCCUGCCUGUCGCCCGCAGAGCCUGCAGGCCCCGCCCUCCUGGUCUCUGGUCCCUACCUCUCUGCUCUGUCUUCAUGUCGCUGAGGGCCUUGGGCUCUGGAACCUGGCCCUCAGCCCCUAAAAUGUUCCUCCUGCUGACAGCACUUCAAGUCCUGGCUAUAGACAUGACACGGAGCCAAGAGGAUGAGAACAAGAUAAUUGGUGGCUAUACAUGCACCCGGAGCUCCCAGCCGUGGCAGGCGGCCCUGCUGGCGGGUCCCGGGCGGCGCUUCCUCUGCGGAGGUGCCCUGCUUUCAGACCAGUGGGUCAUCACCGCUGCUCACUGCGGCCGCCCUGCUCCCCCAGCCAGGUACCCCGCCUCUCUGCAAUGUGUGAACAUCAACAUCUCACCCGAUGAGGUGUGCCAGAAGGCCUAUUCUAAAGCCAUCACGCCUGGCAUGGUCUGUGCAGGAGUUCCCCAGGGCGGGAAGGACUCUUGUCAGGGUGACUCUGGGGGACCCCUGGUGUGCAGAGGACAGCUCCAGGGCCUUGUGUCUUGGGGAAUGGAGCGCUGCGCCCUGCCUGGCUACCCUGGUGUCUACACCAACCUGUGCAAGUACCGAAGCUGGAUUGAGGAAACGAUGCGGCACAAAUGAUGGUCUUCACGAUCAGUUGCUUCAAGCGUUUUCUCCCCACCAUGCCCCCACCCUUGCUGUGUCACCAUCACAGAGGCACAGAGGGCAGGAGCACAGACACCUUAAACCAGCAUUGCAUUCCAAAGAAGACAAUUUUUAACACGCUUAGUGUCUCUAAAAACCGAAUAAAUAAUGACAAU